UGCACUAACACGACUCCACACACACAUGGCAAGGCAUCCUCCCAGUUGCAUCUUGUUACAAUCUGUGCAAAGGAAUAGAAAAUUACUUUCUCACAAGGAUAUUAUUACUAAGCUUUAGACUUUAAAAACUAACAAUAACAAUUAAUAUAUCAACAACAGCUAUAAAUAAGGAACAGAACAUGGAUUCUGAAGAAAUAAAAGAAACCGGAAUUAAUUUUAAACAAUUUUUCGGCAAAGACGGGAAUCCUAUGCCUGUUUAUCAAUAUAAAGGGUACAAUAUUCUUUAUUUAGAAAUGGCUGCAACUGCUUUACCUAAAUUGAAAACAGUGAAAAUUAGAUCUGAUGAUAUUUUGAUGUAUUCAUAUCCUGGAGCAGUUCCUUACGCUGAUUGCUUUAAACAUACUGUGGAAUUUUAUGAGUUUAUGAAAAACAACCCAAAUGUUCUUAUUAUAACUUAUGAAGAAAUAAAAAAUGAUCAAUUUAAAGCAGUGUCACGUGUUGCUAAUUUCUUGGAAAAACCAAUUUCUGAUCAACUCACUAAGAGUAUUAUUGAUAUGUGUUCAUUUGAUAAAAUGAAAUCUGAAAAGCCAUUGGUUCGUUCGUAUAUCCCUAAAGACUUCUUCAAAGAAGGCGGAACUCUCUAUCAUUCUGGUACGUAUAUAACUCCUUAUAUUUUAAUUUCUAUAAUUUCAAAUAUACAUACUUCAUCUUUGUAGAAACACCUUUCUUAAACUGAUAGAAGAAAUCCAUUAUGACUAAAAGGAAGACACUUAGAUAGUGGAUAUCUCAGGAACCUUUUGUCAGUUUUAUAUUGUUGUUGUGCUUAUAGAAGUGAAUAGUUCCUAUCUCGCAGUUCUAAAUCUGAGUUAAGUUGUCUGAGUCACUUGAAAAUUAAGUGUUGCGUUAUUAUACAUAAUACAGAAAUGGAAACUAAUUGAGAAAAUUAAAAAUCUCGGUUAAGUGUAUGGUACCCUAUUCGCACAAGUUUGUCCUAUCUCUUAGGCCUCUAAAUACUACCUAUUCAUAUUUGCAUAUGAAUAAAUACUCUCUUUAUCUUUUUCUUUCUUUAUACAUACAUACAUAUAUACAU